CCACCACCACAGCCGUUAGGAUCGCCAUUAGUGUCUAGCCGGAUAGCCGGAUGGAAAUUCUGAGGUGCUCAGAGGAACUGUUCAUCUUAACGGCUAUGUACAGAAUGGGGCAGCUGUCCUACCCAGCAUCCUAUUGAAUGGGUACUGCAUACUAUCUUCAUAUUCGUAAAGCGGCCGGAACGUGAAGCUGAAUAUUCAGGUCCAUAAUAUUCCUGUGUCUAAUAUGCACUCAUCCUUAGCUUCAAUCUCAUUAUGCUUGUUACAGGGCCGUACUUUGUAAACAUAAAGGAUGCCGUUCAGAAUUCGAAAUGGAUCAACGGAAAAAUAAAUUAUUCGCUUUAGUGAAGAUGUAUCUGAAAUGUUGGGAUGUGCACAUUUCGGGUCCGGUCGGUUCGUGCACGCUUGAUUAAUUUUGCAUGAAUUUUCCACAGCAUCCCCCCAAAAUUUCUGACAUGGUACUUUAAAAUAAGCCACUACAGUUUCUCAUAUCCCCAUCUGUAUUUUCCUGCAAAUUUUUUCAUACAUUGCAUGCAAAUUUCUCUAAAAUGACCAUCGAAACAAAUGGACCUUUUUUUUCAUUUGAAGACUGUUUUUUUCUGGAAAUCCUCUUUAUAAAAUCGUUUGGACCUAUCAUCAAAAUCAGAGUAUGAUAAUAAUGAACUCUUCUUUUGGGAACGUUAGCCUCCAGGCCUAAUUAUCCGGUUUCGAACGUUUCCCUUGCAGUCACGUGUUUCAACACGCCGGUAAGAACAGCUUAUUUAUUCUCCUGUUUAGAUUUUACAUUCACGUCUGCUCUGUAAGCCAGAGCCACUAAGAGCGUUUGCACAUAAGGUAAAUACGAAUAUAUGAACCUAGAAGAGAAGAAGUAAUGGAAGGACAGAGAAAACUUCAUAAUAAGUUUUUUAAUAAUUUGUGUUUGCCAUUUAAUUUUGCGGAAGUGAUUAAAUCAACAAGAAUAGGAUGGACAGGUCGUAUAGCACGUACGAGAAACAAGAGCUGCACAUGAAAUUGUGUAUGGAAACUUCAAGGUGACAACAGUGCAAACUCUUCCGACAUAUCCGCAAUACACUCGAGUGUCCUUCCAGCGAGACGAGCUUCACCGUUCUGAGGCCACAUGGUAAUUAUUAUUGAUUUUAAGGCAUCAAAAUUAUCGGAAUUUCGUCUGCCCUGAAUCAAUAGCCAUGCCAUUGCCAUGUGCUCCAUCGUACAAGGUUGAAAAUUCGUAAUAAAAGAAGCGAUUGAGCCAUGACAACUUGUAGUCUCCAUGGACAGUCACAGAGGGACCCUACCGGACUGGCCUCGCAGACUCAAUUUCGGCCAUUGCAUGUGAGGAACGCUACAAAUGUCAGACAAUAGAGGUCCAGGAGUUGCAGUAGAAACGGGAGCCAUUUCACUCGCAGCUGGCGACUGGUGUGUUGAGGUGAAUAGCAUAGGGGCUGAUUUCUGGUGGGGAGCGGCAGCUGGGCUGCCAGAGCAGCUGGUUCUUUCAUUCUGCACUUAGUAUGCUGCAGUGACCGUUGUCUUUAACGUGUUAAAAAGGGUGAAGUGCAGUUUGUGACCGGCAGAAAUAGCGCGAUGUGUUUGAUUUGCUGCGACAGUGUCACAUGCGCAAUUGGGUGCGUCGUGGAGUAGCAUACAAACAUGGACGUCUGGUGGUUGGUGAAAAUUUUGUGUAUGGGACUUUUCCGGUUGUAAAGUCUUUGACCAGGGACUUGUGUGAAUGUAAUAGUUGUGCUUAGAGUGUGGAGUGAAGUUUGGGGACUCGGUGAGUGCCGUUUGUGCGUGAAACUUUAUGCGGGAAGAUGGAAAACAUGGGGGAAAUGGCCGAACAGCAGUCGCUUAGUGAGCCAUUACCCGAGACGGUCGAUUCGCCAGCUGCAUCUACGCAUGCCGGACUCAGCAUGUCGCCCACGGAGCUGAGCCCCACUAUUUCACGUUCUGCCGUGGCCGGGUCAGUGCCCACUUCGCACGAGUCACUCACGGAGUCGGGGUCAGGAGCCGAACAGGGUCACAUCCAAAUCAAAGAGGAACUACCCACCAGUGCCGAGGACUUGUCUGCAGAAGGUGCCGUUAGUGUGACAAGCGACACCACCAAGCAAGAGAGCCUCUCUGUCAUAGUUCAGGCGCAGGACGAUUCCCAUGACUCGGAACUCCUAAGUCCAGGGAAGCUCUCACCAACUUCAGGUAUCUCGGUGAGUGUUGCCAGUAUGAUUGAUGCCACGGAUUUUCGUUCCCUUCAGCCCGAACCCACGUACCAGACACUGACCUCGGUGAAUGGCAGGAUGUCACCCCCCGGCUUUAGUCCUAGCUCCUCCUACGCUACCCUUACCCCAUUACAACCCCUUCCCCCCAUAUCCACUAUGUCGGACAAAUUUGCGUACGGCCACGCGAGUAACGUGUCAGGAUCCUUCACGGUGAUGCAGAACAACGGGCUCGGCAACAUCGGACUCGGCAUGGGUGUCAACUCGCCCUACAGCUACGACAAACUGCCCUCAAUGGGCAUGUCGCCCCCUCACCACUACUCAUCGCCUAACAGCGGUCUUGGGAGCAUCAGCAUCCCACAGCAGCACUCGCCCCUGUCUCCUCAGAGCUCGUACAGCCAGAACGGGCUUCAUUCACCGCAGAAGAGCAUGUCGCCCAACAGCUACGAUUCGCCCUACACCCAGCGCGACCUCGUGGGGCGGGCAACCCUCGUGGCUCCGCAGAGUCCGACCCUCAGCCCCCCGUCAGCUUCGCUCCACUCGCCCCCGAACACCAUCGUGACGAGUUUCGGGGGCACCGCCACCUCACUCGCCGCCGCCAGCCUCCCUACCAUCAACGGCUUGACGACCAUCACCCCUCACGCCGCCGUAGUCUCUCCACAUCAUUCGCCGCCUUCUCUGGUGGCCCAGCAGAUCCAGCGGGAAGCCGUCGUCGUGGCCUCCCCGUCACCGCCGAGCUUUGUGCCUCAACCGCAGCAACCGCCUCCGCCGACCCCGGUAGCCGUGAAGACCGUGCCCACCUCCAGCGGGGGCGGCGGAGGCGGCGGACUGGUCUCCAGCGGUGGCGUGGGGGUGGGGGCUGGUGCGCCGGCAGGGACAGCCGAGGUGGAAGAGAUCAACACGAAAGAGCUGGCCCAGAGAAUCAGCGCGGAACUAAAGAGGUACAGCAUCCCGCAAGCUAUCUUCGCCCAGCGAGUGCUCUGCCGUUCUCAGGGCACGCUGUCGGACCUGCUGCGCAACCCCAAGCCCUGGUCAAAGCUGAAAUCCGGUCGGGAGACUUUCCGUCGCAUGUGGAAGUGGCUUCAGGAGCCGGAGUUCCAGAGAAUGUCCGCUCUCAGAUUGGCAGGUAAGUGCUGGAACUCACCUGCCUACAGCUCCCCGUGGAAUAUGAACACAAUGGACAUCAUAUACAAUGAGGCUGCACAGAUCCCGCAACGAGGAACUUGCAAGAGGAAAGAAGAUCCACAGAACCAACCCGAGCACACGCCCGCCCCCAAGAAACCCCGAUUGGUUUUCACCGACUUGCAGCGCCGUACUCUACAGGCUAUUUUUAAGGAAACAAAACGACCCUCGAAGGAAAUGCAAGUGACCAUCGCGCGGCAGCUGGGCUUGGAACCCACAACAGUAGGAAACUUCUUUAUGAACGCGCGGCGUCGCUCCAUGGACAAAUGGAAAGAUGAAGACCCGAACAAAACGACAGUAGUACCAAAUGAACCACAAGAACAUUCCCCUGGCACUGCCAGUGUUGUCACUGGUCACGGACAAGCACUCUCACAACAGCAGCAACAACAGCAACAACAGCAGCAGCAGCAACAACAGCAACAACAGCAACAACAACAGCAACAGCAAUCCCAACAGCAACAACAGUCUGACGUAUUGUGACACCAUGCAAGCUACCCCAUGCGAGAACAACAGCACCAUCAUUUGGUGUUUCUGUGAGAACAACUGUGUCAGCCGACAAAAUGGCGGCACAGCAGUGCAGAUCUGGUACUGGUAAUUCGCUUCACAUGGGGGAUGGUAAAUAGCAUCUGUGUUGUGUUGUGGGACAGAUAUUUUAUGAAUAAACUAUGCUCUUAGCAAUUUUGAUAUUGAUCGACAUUCAUGUUGCGAAAUUACAUAAACGGCCCCACCCUCUUCUAGUAUACAGGGGGUUAACCUAGACGUUUCAUGACAAUUAGUGAGAGUUGUUCGCAUUUCUAGCGGACAGAAGUGGUGGGCGGGGGGAGGGGGGACGUUAGGAGGCCAGACUCCCUCAUCCCGUGGCAGAGACCGUGUUCUCGAGAAACAGAGCCACAAUAAACGAGUAUGAUAUCGGAUCAUCCUCGGGACAUGAAGCCGACACAAAAUUAUGUAAAAAGUUUUAAUUUCUACCCGUGGAGAGAGAUCCGUGACCAGCUGUCGGUUUCCAUACACAACUUUGAUGAUGGAGAAGUUUUGUUUCUUGGAGGUAAAAGAAAAACUUAGCGAUGUUGGAGUACGGAUAAAAUCCGAGUUUCCUCCGAAGCAGAUGUUUGUUUAGACAAGUAAAUAAAAUAACUUUGAUCUCAGGGGUUUGAAUGCAAAUUUGGCAGUCAGUGGAGGGAGACAUGUCCCACUGUCUCUAGAAGAAGAGGAUCUUUGUUUUAGCCUCCAGGAACCAACACUGAGGUAUUAUUAGGGGAGUUAACUUAGCUUGAGUGUAUGUUAAGCAGUGGUGGUAGCAGGGGACUAGGUAUAUUUUGUAAUACCUAUAUUCUUGACCAAUUGAACGCGCCACGAUCUCAGCUUUGAAUCAUGUUCAAAUGGUAGUCUAGUCAAUACAAAAAGUCUUUCUUAUUUAUAUUCUAGUCUUAAUUUCUUUUGCUGUGUUCAUGUUAAACAAAGUAGGUUCCUUCCCCUGAGGUUAAGUUCGUUGUGAUAUGUUAUAUAUUAGCUCUAGUCUCAGCAUUGCGCUCGCUGAUGGAAAGUGUAACAUUCCAACCAAGAGUAUUAUUAUGUUCACAUGAUAUAAUUUGUUUUUUGUUUUUUCACGAUUUCCUUUAAGUCUUUGCUCACUUGUGCUACGAACCGGCUGGAGGGGCGCGUCAUAAAGUCCUAACUACGUUUCCGAGCAAUAGCCAGCCUUUCUUGUGUGUUGCUGUUUGUCUUUGGUGUUUAGUGACCCUGCACUCCCAGUUAUCUUGUUAUAUAUUGUACCUCAUACUUCUUUACUUAACAUUCCAUACAACUGGAGAUAUCUUCUUUCGAUAAUUAUUUUUUUUCUUAUUUAUUUUGUUAUUUAACUUAUUGAUGUACAGUAAUUUAUUUGUAUUUAUUGAUUUAUGCGUGGCACAUGAAGCAAGGUUUGGCUGCACCAACACGACGGUAGCAGAAUAUCUAUUAGCCAUGUUGCUAGGCGUGUGAUUGCUUUUGGAUUGACGAAUAUCUUGUUCUCUUCUCCUGUGUUUCUAGAUUAGCGCGAGUUCUUUUCUAGGUUGUAUAUAUAUAUAACAGUGUCGGGUGGACGGGCACUGUUUUCACCAUCUUGACUACUUCCCAAUGACUUGCUCUGAAUGGACUACAUCUCUUGCAAUAUUUCGAAGGACUAGAUCAUGAUUUCUGAGUCAAGCUAGUGAUUUGUCUACUAGAUAUGCACAGAUUUUUACAUUUUUAUAGCGUACUUCAUUUGUAGCAGAAUAACUAUACUCUUCUUUUCUACUUAUUACCAAAGAGCUCAAUGUUGAAUAAAAUCUGUAAAGUAAACCAAUGAUUUUUGAUUCAUUAUUGUCUUUUGUUGAACUUUGUUCUACCUUGUAGGCCUAGGCACUGGUGCCACUUGGCGGACCAAAGAGCUAAAUCCAUUCUGUUUAGCUGUUCCUUAUAACAUUCAACCAAGAGUUACUGAGUAAUUGUGUUAACUAACUUAGUAACGUACUAUGUUAAUGAGUGCACAAGCGGUUCCUACAGUGGCAAGCACCGAAAGCAGUGAAGUUGCGAGUUCUACUCGCCAGUCAGUUCCACAAUACUCGAGACAAGAAGCCAGACUUCCGGUUCUUGCCAUGUGCAUUAAGUCUGUACUGUGCAAUAAUUCUAUUGAGUUUUGGUGUGAAUUGUAUCUUGAUAACAUAUCAUUGUGAAUUUUUGUAUAUGUUAAGGUAAGAUGCCGAAAUUUUCCUUUGGGCUUUGUCGAUAAGACCCUGUCAUUCAUGAAAUGAAUAUGGAAUGACUCCCAAGGUGAAGUUGGCAGCAUCUUAUAGAUCACAUCGGCUCUCAUGAAGUGCAUAUUGCAUUUCUGAGAGUAUUUAGUCAUUAAGUGAUACAUUCCAUUUAGUGACACGAAGUUGUGGAAGAAACAGGUACAAGUGCAGACUGUGUUUUAGGAAGAGAAUUUCUUCAACCUAAACAAUAAACCUAAUAAUCAUUAUUAUUAUGGUUAUUAUUACAAACUCCACUUUAAAACUAUCGGAGCAGUCAUUGUGAUGACACAUAUAUUUAUAAACUGUAAUGAGACAAAUAAUAUUGUUUAGUAACUCUCGGUGGGAGGUAAAUCUCUGGAGACUGCAGAUGUUCGAUUGAGUCUGAUGCAGCCGUUAUGCAAGCAGCCCUCCACCCUUGUAGGUUGAAUUGAUAGAUCGUGCACAAAAUGAAACAGAAUAAGACGAAUAUCACAAUAUUAAUGCAAACAAGCCCACUCUGUAUACUGGCUUCUGCAACGAUACGAACUGUGGAAGCCAGCCGACAGAGUGCAGUGCGUCUGUGAUCUUGGAUAUUUCGGGAGAGCAGAUGAGUAAGCAUUUCAACUCCUACGACCCCUAGUCGAACGGAACACAAAGUUAAGUCUUGAAAGGCAAUCAAUAAUUUAUUUGUGUAUAAUAAGAAGAAAUGUGAUGGGAGUUGGGGUUGAAUGCUACUCGCCUGCUGAACUAGGCACUGUAUCACUUUGCUAUCUGCGUCUGACAUCACACCUGUAAAAUACAUUUCGUUGUGACAGUGAAUAGAACCAUAGCGUUA